AUGGCCUCAUCCAUCACUGAAUCAGCUGCAAAAUUUGCCCUACGCUUUUACCAGAAGUUGAGCCAGGAUAAACCCUCUGAAAACCUCUUGUUUUCUCCUCUAAAUCUUUCUGCUGCCCUGAGCCUUCUCUUGUAUGGUGCUAGGAGCAGCACGGCACAGGAAUUAGAAAAGGUAAUCCGUGAACAAGAAGAAAGCAUAAGGAAAAGCCGUAGCCAGUCCCCACCCCCUGAUGGCCCGUUGGCCCCUUGUUUUGAACCGUCAUCUUCACCGUGCCCUCAGCAGAAUGUUCCUGAGUAUGAAUGUGAGAAGCCUGAAGGCAACCAUACUGAAUUCCAUAAAAUCCUUGCCUACCUCAAUAAAGCCACCACAAAGUACGAGCUAAGCUUUGCCAAUCGUUUCUAUGGAGAUGACUCCAUUGCUUUCAACCAGCAAUUUGUGUUCUGUGCACUGAAGCUGUUCCUGACCCAAGUAAGCAAUGUUGACUUUCAAAAUGCUCCAGAAGAAUUCAGGAAGAUUAUAAACGCAUGGGUUGAAGUCCAAACACAUGGCAAAAUUCAGAAUCUCCUACGCAAGGAAAACAUCACUUCCCUAACUCAGCUGCUCCACGUGAAUGCCCUGUACUUCAAAGGACAGUGGGAUGUACAGUUUGACAAGUGGCGCACCAGAAAAAGCCCCUUUCAUGUGACUGAGAUGACCUAUAAUACUGUGGACCUGAUGCACCACAAAGGCCAGUAUAAGACAGGCACAAUUGAAUUAUGCGACAUGCAUGUUCAGGUGCUUGAAAUCCCCUACAAAGAUAACGAACUGAGUAUGUUCAUACUCUUACCAGAUGACUGGAGUUCAGAAGGCCUUCAACAGCUAGAGGAAGAACUUACCUAUGAGAAAGUAACAGAGUGGGUCUGUCAAAAGCAACUUAAAUUGGAAGAGGUGGAAGUGGCCAUUCCCAAGAUCAAGAUGGAGAAGAACAUUCUAACCGCCAAAUUAUUGGAAGCUCUGGAUGUGACUCAAGUGUUGGAUCCCAAGAUGGCUGAUUUAACUGGAAUAACGUUGACAGAAGAUGUGGCGUUGAGUGAGAUUGUCCACAGCGCUUCUCUGGAAGUUGAUGAAGAGGGUGGUGAAGAACCACGUUGCCAGAUAGACAGGCAUCUGAGACGCCGACCGUGUGCGCAAUUUGUGGCUGACCAUCCUUUCCUUUUCUUUGUGUUGCACAAUUGCUCGGGCAGCAUCCUGCUCCUUGGCAGAUUUGUUAAACCUGAAAGGAGGUGUGGCUUCCAUUAA